AUGCAACAACUCGAUGAUAUCGAACCUGGUCCUGUCCACAACGUGUCCGACUUGAUCCAAUUCAUCUCCAACUGUGAUCAAAUCAUUCACCACCACCCGAAGCCACUUUAUCACUCCUACCAACAUUUCGAUGGUGAUGAUGAAGAAUUUAGGUGUGAUUUUUUAUUGAUUGGUUCCCGUGCAUUGAAUGAUCAUUGGAAAAAGGCAAAUAAUUUAUCAUCAUCAUCGGAAGAAGAAGAACCAUCAAGAUGGUCAUGGACACAGAAGGUUAUGAAGAAAUGGUCCGAUGAGAGAUUUAAUAGAAAAUCCGCCGAUUGGGAUUUAAUUUGUCUGAACAGGGAUGCACUUGUGAAUUUGUUAAAAUCGAAGGAAUUUAAAGAAAUUUCUCUAAAUUAUGCCCAUCAUGUCCAUUUGAAAAAGAAGAAUAUUUCAAAUAGAUAUGAAAGCUCUGAUUUUUAUGAUUGGGUUCUUGGUGGUGGACAGGCAAGGAGAUGGAUUGAAUUUUCUAUUCGAUUGGAACAAUUUGAUGGUGAAAUUAUUGAAAUUGAGUAUUGUACAGAUAGAUAUCACUUGUUGAAAUAUUUGGAAAUGAGGGAAGUGUCUCGAUUGGAUAUUCUUCCUUCAUCACUGAUUGACUCUUUUUCAUGUGAAAUAGCUCCAUUACAAUUAUUGGAAAUUAUCAAGAAAUCACAUUUACAAUUCAAUAUUGAUGACGAUAAUUGGACGAAACACAUUCUCGAUAUAGAGUUAAUUCAUCUCAUUCUACCAACAUCAGAGCAAUAUCAUGAAAAAUCACUUCGCAAUUCAAUUUAUGAUUUGGCAGGGCUGGUGCAUUAUGAUCGUCUCACGAAACGAAUUGUGAAAUAUUUGCACGAUGAGGGAGAUUCUGAUUUUGCUUCCAAUUUCAAUAUGUUCAUGUUUUCCAGUACUAAGGAUGAUAUCUAUGAUGUGGUUAGUCCACUCAAUGAGGAAAUGUUGUAUAGUGCAUUUGGAGUUUCGUCCAUCUCAAUGAAACCCUAUCAUAUACAGAAUAAUUUGAACUCUUUAAGGUUUAUUUCACAACAAGUUGCGGCCAAUUUACUUUCAUCAGUUGUGCAUGCAAUAGAUUCGAAUGAAUUGGAGAAAUUAGUUUUCAAAUCAAUGAAGAAUGCUAUAGAACAAAAUAUUGAUACUUUUCUGUUUGGGAUCAUGAGGGAUAAUUUUAUGAAAUUGUCUGAAAUGGUUUUUGACAUGCUGAAUCAACCACUAAUUUUCAAGAAAUUAUUCGAAACAAAAGCUGAAAUGAACCAAUUCAGAUUUAAGAAUGCUCCAAUUGACUUUGAAAAUGUGAAGGAAAUUUCAAAUAAGGAAGGUGCCACUCUCUCACAUCAUUAUCUUCCAAUUGAAAUUGUCAUGACAAUUGCAUCAUAUAUACCAAAGGCAAUUGAUUUAACAAAUUUAAUGAGAUUAGACAAGAGUUGGAAUAAUGUAUUUGAAUCUAAUGACGUUUGGAAGUAUCUUUGCUAUUGUAGAUAUCCAAAACCAGCUCACUACUCUCUAGAAAAUGAUUCUUUCCAAGUAGAUGAUUGGAAAUAUUAUGUUCUUUCCAGAUCCAUGUUUGAAAGAGUUCAGUUUCCAACUAUUAAGGGAUUGGACUGUCUUUUGAAUGCUUUCAGAGUAAAGUUUAUUGACAAAUCAACAAUAUUCAAGCAAUUUGUCAAUGAUUUCUUUACUAACACUUACAUAGCCACCAAGACAUUGAAUGAUGACAAGAUGAAUGAAUAUAACACCAUGAAGGCCACCUUAAUAACAUACUGGCCUUGUCAGUCUCCUCUCAAAUAUGAUAUAGAAAUAGUUUUGGAUUUAGCUGAAUACAGAAGUGGGGAUAGUAAAGGUGGAAGUAGAAGUACAGUGAGUGGAAAGUUGCACAACUCUGAACACUUUUCAAAUCCUUUAAGACUUGUCAAAUUCAAUAAGGCACAAAAUUUCAUUGGAAAGUACUAUCUCCAAAACAUGAACCCCGAUCAAUAUGCAUCUCUUUUUACUACCUUAUUGGUUCUUGGAUUGGGAGAUAAUGAAUUCAUUAGAACAGUGUUCGGCUAUGGGUGGUCCAAAUAA